AUGGCGAAGCGGGUGAGACGGAGGAAUCACGGACAACUACGUACCAGCGAAGAUGUGAUGGCAAAAGAGCCGGAUUUCUCAUCGUCAGAUGCCGGCCCUCAUGCGCCGAUGUUUUAUCAUCCAGCCGAUAAGAGCGAUGACGAAGAAAGACUCAUUCAUAAAGACAUCUCCGUCGACUCGGGCGGGAGCUGGUUCAGUCGCACACGGGAAACGCUGAGAGGGGACAUCUCUUCAAUAUGUUUACUGCUGUUUCUCUACUUGUUACAGGGUGUUCCUCUUGGCCUAAUAGCGGCAAUCCCUUUACUGUUACAAAGCAAACAUGUUUCUUAUGGCCAACAAGCGGUGUUCUCUUUUGCAUAUUGGCCGUUCAGUAUGAAAUUGUUAUGGGCGCCAAUAGUCGACUCAGUGUAUUGGCGACGGAUUGGACGACGAAAAUCUUGGAUGGUUCCGUGUCAGUACCUCAUAGGAUUAUUCAUGCUCGUACUUAUCUCGAAUGCUGCACCUAAUGUGCUAUUUCUCAUGUUGAUAUUCUUACCACUGAAUUUUCUCGCUGCAACUCAGGAUAUCGCUGUAGAUGGUUGGGCUUUAACGAUUCUGUCAAGGAAAAAUGUGGGUUAUGCCUCCACUUGCAAUGCGGUUGGUCAGACUGCUGGUUAUUUCCUUGGUAAUGUAGUAUUUUUGUCAUUGGAAUCAGCAGAUUUUGCAAACACAUUCAUUCGCUCUGCCGAUAACCAAAAACCGUAUGGAAUAAUCGAUUUAGCAGGUUUUGUGUUCUUUUGGGGUUGGGUCUUCAUCGUUUCAACAACCUUAGUGCUGAUUUUCAAAAAGGAAGUGGACAAUUCCGUUGCCAAUUCGUCGGGAGGCGGAAACGAUGGCGAGGAAGAGCUGGAACUUGGGAUCGUAGAAACUUACAGCGUGUUGUGGAGGAUCCUCAAAUUGAAAGCCCAUGCUUAUCAUGCUGUCGCCUUCGCUGCUACCGAUGGUAUUACUGGUCUGAAAUUAAUUGGUAUGGGCAUGCCAAAAGAUAGGCUAGCUAGUUUUGGCCUAUUUUUAACACCACUGCAGAUUUUACUUCCGUGGAUGAUUGGGAAGUGGACGGCAGGGCCAAGACCGUUGAACAUUUUCCUGCUUGCAUAUCCAUACAGGUUAUUCGUUGGAGGGAUAUUUGCCGCUCUAGUGUAUUUCACGCCAUAUUUCAAGCUAGAUACUGGUAAAUUUAAUAACUUAGUGUAUGCUAUAUGGAUAUUCGGCUACAUACUUCACCAG